AUGUCAUUUUUCUCACGAGUGUUCAGGAGCAAGGAGUCCGCUGCCAGCAAGAAAAACGCCAAACAGGCUCCCGUCCAGGAGGCGCCUGCCAAACCCAAGUGGGCCGACGCAUACCAACGCAAUGAGGUCGGCCCCGAAGAGGUACAAGAGUUGCUGAGAGGCUGCACGCAGGAACUCAAGCUUCGAGGCCUCGACAUCCCCUUUCUCCUCCUUCCGUUUCGUCCUAGUUCUGAUCCCAGCGCUGCACGCACUUUCAUCCGUAACUACUUCAAUGCCAGCCAGAAAGGGGCCCCACUCCAGGGCGAUGCGCUCAUGCAGGAGCUGCGACUGACCGAACCAAUGAAGAAUGCGAUCUCAGAGACAAAGGCUAAUCGAUGGAUGGUGGUUGGUGUCAUACAGGUCCUAUGCAGUGUCGUGAAAUGGUGCUGGAGCAGACUGCCCGGUGGUGUGGUUACAUGGGAGGCUUACGAGCUCUUCAAGGUGGGAGAGCAAGACUCGGACCUCGCCCGUGAUGCCUUCAACACCUUCAUCCCCAUUAGCGUCGAUUCCGACUCGCGCACCAAGAUCAUCUUCGAUUUCUUCGAUCUUCUUGCUGCCAUUGCCGCUCACGCUAAGAAAAACGGUCUCGGUGGGCGCAAACUGUCGAGAUAUGCGGGCUGGUGGGCCUUUGAGCACACCGAUACCAGCAAUGGCUUCGAAGCCGCCUACAAAAACUGGGCUACGGCUGCCGAUGCCACGAGCCAUCUCUUCUUCGCCUAUCUGCGAUCCAUGUCUCCAGACUCUGUUAAAGGGAUCAGUGGUAUAUCGAGUCUCCCCAUUGCUCUCCAAUCGCUUGUGCAGGCCACAGAAUACCCGCCACAGACGCCCACUCUUCUGCAAGUCGCAACCACCAAGGUAGUCAUGAUCGUCGACACAGUCUCGCCGACCCCAUUCUCUCUACUGCGUCGGGCCAAAAACUUUGAAUAUCGGGACAGUGACCGUCAUCUUCAAGAGUUCACCGCGUACGAUGAGCCGACGCAAGCUCUUACUGACGAAUGUCAACGAGUGCUUAGAGCCAUCUCUAACACCAACCAAUCUGCGGUUUCCACGUCCAAGACAUCAACGAGCCUCCGGGAUGCGUCCUGGUCUCGCUUUGAGGACAUUGGCUUUGGCGCUUCCAUUGACUCCGACCACGAUGAUGAGACCGAAAAUCAUAGGUCUGGUCAGGAACUGCGUUCUGCGCCUCAGUCCCGCACCAACGAUUUCGCUCGGCCUACUACACCCUCAUGGGCCGAUUUCUUGUCCUCGGGUUUCGCUGAUGAAGCUGGAUACACAGGCCCUUCUUCACUCCUUCUGCCUCCGGAUAAAGUCCUACCUCCCAUUGCCACAGUCCGUGGCCAGAGCUCCCAGUCCCACAAACGGACCCUUGUCAGCGAGCCUAAUCUGGACCCAGGUGAGCUAGCUAGCAUUACAGUGUUGGACCUCGACGACUCUUUCUGGUGGGUUUGGAUUAGCAGUCUAUCAAGUGAAGAGCCUAGUACUCGCAAGGCUGUUUUCGGACGAUGCGCCCUUCUGGAAACAAUUAUCUCCGGUGCCAAGUGGCUUGUCCUGGAGGAACAGGUAAAGGGUGCUGCGCCGGAGCCAGAGGAUGGAGCAUAUAUCGCUGAAAAGAAGCGCUUUUUCGGAUUUUCAACUCGCAAGCUUACCCGCCGCAAGUCAUCUGGAAGAGGUCCUGUUCCACGGGAGCCGUACAAGUUGAAUGUCAACAAUGCCACCAUUGGCGCCAGCAAAACUAGCAUUGGACCGGACCAGCACGCCCGCAUCCAGGCAGCUGCCGCGGCUUUACAGAAAAAGCACCGUGAGCAAGAAGAAGAUCAGCAGCGCGAGCUCCAUGAACGCCGUGGUCGUAACGACUACACCGAUUCUAAAACCAAUUCCACCAUGACGACCGGAUUACUAACCGAGGCUUCUCAGGCGAUGAAGUGGACUAAAAGAUAUGAUAGCCAUUAUGACAAAGAUCAGUUGAGAUCAGUCUAUCUCAGUGAUAGCCGGGCUGGCACCGGCUAUCCGUCCGAAUCUUUGAAUUCGCUCACCAAUGGCCAACGAAAUAUGACUCCAGUCACUGAAGUCCAGACGCCUCCUUUAGCAGAGAAGAAGGCUGCCUCGGCGCCACUUCCCGUUCCUCCUAAGGAUGUCCCCAAGCCGGCGAAUGAUGUUGCUGCAUAUGCAGCAACUGUUCCAUUGCCUGAGCCCAAGGCUAAACCCGCCUCUGAGCCGAAGAAGUCAAUUGAAUCGACUGAGGAGACGCACCCGAAAAAACUGAAAAAGAAGCAAAAUUCUGCGCUUAAGGGUAUUUUUAGCACCACAAAGCAAAGAACUGAUGACGGGCCCAAGAAGCAAACCGGUAUAGAUCCCUCAGCUGUUGCCGCAGCACGAGCAGCUCUGGAGAACAAGGUCAAAUCUCAAGAUUCAUUUCCUCCACCUAAGGCUCCUGUAUCUCACCGUUUGUCAAUCAUCAAAAAGAAACCCGUCUCUGAAAAUGCUGCUACGGCCGAGCCGGCCGAUGAACCCGCUCCUGUCAUGCCGUCUGAGCCGGUGGAAACAAAGCCUGAACCAGUUGCUCUCGAGCCUGCAUCCCCAACAUACAGCGGCCCUCCACGUACUCGUCGCGAUGCAGAAUACGAUGCGUUGUCAAAGAUUGACACUAACGAGAAAGCGGCCGCCGAUCGUGAAUUCUCUUCUUUUGACCAAGGUCCUCUGGAAGAUCAGCCUGCUUUUGUCCCAGAUAGUCCUGUGACGCCUGUCGAACCGAGCCGGCCAGAAGUUCCCUCUCCUCCAACAGCAACAACUUCCCGCGACGUCACUACACCUACCGCACAACUGCACAGUUUGCCUGAAGGAUCGCCAUCCAACCCGUCUUAUCAGGAUCGUUGGGCUCAGAUUCGUAAGAACGUGAUUGAGAAUGCCUCUGCCAAUUACGAUGAAGUGCCCAGUCGUACGAGCCAAGGGGACGAUGGCGAUACCAGUGGUGAAGAAACUAUCGAAUCUCGCGUAGCUCGAAUUAAGGCUCGAGUUGCCGAGCUGACUGGCAACAUGGACACCAGCCGGUAG